GCCCAUUCCAGCAAACAUGGAUAUGCAAACAUGAUGUUAUCAACGCGCCGCUUAUCAACCAGCCCAUUAGCAAGCUGACUGUAACCUUCACCGUGCACUAUUUUUACCCCGUGUCCUGGUCCACAGGAGAAUUUCUACAUUUGUGGUUCAAUCCUCUAUUUUUUUUAAGAUGUUCUCCAUUUUGCACUUAGCGGCAAUUCUUCUCAUAAUGGGACAUGCUGAACUGAUCACUGUCAAGACUCCGCAGAAACACAUCAAUGUGACAGCGGGCGAGAACGCGCUGCUGCAGUGUAACUUCGUCACGAUUGCGGAGACCAGCGGCCUCACCAUCCAGUGGGAUUUUAUUUCAAUGUCCUCCAUGAUGCCAAAUCAGAUCUAUUAUUACCAGUCAGGAAAGGUUGUCAUCGCUGACUCUUACAAGAGCAGGAUUCACCCCCCGUCGACCCCGGCAACAAGCAGAAAUGCCUCCAUACUAAUAGAGAACAUGCAACCUUCAGACACGGGCAUGUACACCUGUGAGGUUCACAACAUUCCUGAUGUAGAGGGACAGUCUGAAGCCAACAUCAUCGUCAAUGUGUUCGAGAAACCCUCGACUCCUUACUGCGCUGUGCACGGCGACGUGGAAUCAGGUCACCUGGUCACGCUGACCUGCCACAGUGAACACGGGAGCCCGAAACCGACAUACACCUGGACCCGACUGGACCAGACCAAGAGCAGAAGGCCUGUACUAGGGCACGUGACUGAAAAUGGAAUCCUGGAAAUCAAAAACAUAUCCCAGUUUCAGUUUGGGGAGUACCAGUGCAACGCUGCCAAUGUGGCGGGAUUUUCAUCUUGUAAGAUCGAACUAAAUGCCGAAGCGGGAGAUGGGGUGAUUGCCGGUGCAGUGAUCGGUGCAUUGCUCGGGUGCGUCCUCAUCAUCCUGGCUGUGUGGUUCAUCGCUCACAUGUUGAAGAAGCACAAAUACAAAGCGGUGAAAGCGUCGGAGGCUGAAACGAAGAGGAGCACUUCACAGACAGGAGGAGCCUCUGAGAGUGUUGCCAUGGCAACCAGGCCCAGCAAUCUCCAGGCUGAAGAUGAGCCACAAGCCUAAAAUUAAGGCCCAUUUAAAAAUCACAGGACGUCCAUUAAAUUUAAAUGUUCAAGGUGCAACUAAUUAAUCAACAGGAUUAUGAUAGAUUUACUUUUUUUUACAUGUGUAUUAAAUUCAGGAAUGUUCUCCAGGAAUCUUUAACCAUUUUAAUGUUUUUAUUGAAACUUGACAUUUUUAGAAU